ACUGUUUAUAUGCCGUAUUAACCGGGGGAAGCUCAUCAAUUUCAGGAUUAACCGAAAAUCGAAAGAAAACUUUAAUCAAAUCCCUCGUUCUUUAUCCAGCUUUUGUUAUGAUAGUUGGGUAAAUUGCCUUACUCACUUACUCCGUAUGAUACAUUAAAAGUUUGAAACCACAACCUCCCAUGGAUCAACCCGGUCAAUUUUGAAAGCUAGACACUUAGAGAUUUUGCCGGUUGGGGCCCUUGGGGGGAAUAACUUCGUUUGUUUACAUUUCAUAGCUCAUACUACUAGAUACUACAUUACUACUACUGCCCUCCUCACUUGAGACCUCAAACUCUUAACUCCCCUAUCAAUGGCGUCGGAAUCCAUGGAAAUCGUCAUUUGAGCUCCUCAAACUCAACAGUCAACACCACCAUCUUCACCAUGGAAACCAGCAGAAGAGACAACAACAAUGGCGGAGCUGCCGCCUCUUCGCCAUCACCGCCGCUCCAAAAGCCUGCAAAGUUCGCCGUGUAUCAAAAUCCAGCUCUUUCCGCCGCCCUUACUUCCACCAGUCUCCGCCCUUCCUCCUCCUAUUUCCUUACUCUUUUCUUCCUUUCCUCUGCUUCCGCCUUCGCUUUCCUCGCCUUCUCUUCGAGGGAACACAGGGUCAUUGACAAAUUUAAAGUCAGCAAUUUUUCUGAAGAGAUAGCUUAUCUAUUAAUCAAGUUAGCGAAAAUUGUGAUGGGUUUAACUUUCAUUGGAGCUUCUGCUGCCCUUGUCAAAGCUAUUGCCUUUUCAACAGCUAAAGUUGGAGCUGGUGUUGUAGUAACAACAUCUUCCUCUAAUGGGACCAAGUUUGAAAGUUGCCUUUCAGAUCAUCAAUUGCGGCUUUUGGGAGUAAAAAAAUUGGAUAAGGCUGUACCAGAGCAGUCCAAAAAACCACCUGUAUUAAAACCACGAGCUGCUUUAGAUCCACUCAUCCCUCUUCACCAGUCAUCGUUUAGCUCUAGUCGUUUAUCACGAGUUGGUUCUGAAAAGUCUAGCAGUACGGCUCUUAAAAAUAAAACUUUUGUUGUCCCUUCAAAGCCAUCCAAUUCUCCUACUCAUGCUGUUUCUCCUUCCUCACCCCAGCUGUCAUCAGCUAAGACUUCAACUGGUUUGGAUCAGUUGGUUUCAACACCUUGGUCAAACAAGCGAGCUUCUCCCGCUAGAGAAAUUUUAACAGAAGACGAACUUGAACACUUUCUAGCAGACAUGGACAAGAAAAUCACUGAAUCAGCCGAAAAACUGGCAACUCCUCCUACUAGGAGUGGUUUCAGUAUAAGUAGUCCUAGUACAAUUUCUGGUUCAGCUAAUACAUCUGGAACAACGAGAACAACACCCUUGAGGCCUGUUCGGAUUUCACCCAGUUCACAGAAGUUUAAUACUCCUCCGAAAAAAGGAGAGGCUGAUAUACCUACUCCUUUAUCAAUGGAAGAGAUGACUGAAGCUUUUGAGCAUCUAGGCAUAUAUCCGCAGAUUGAGGGGUGGAGAGACCAUCUGCGGCAAUGGUUUUCUUCUGUUUUACUAACCCCUCUACUGAGUAAAAUUGAAAAUAGUCACAACAAGGUAAUGCAAGCAGCUGCUAAAUUAGGAAUAUCAAUCACAGUGACUUCAGUAGGUAGUGAUUCUUCUGGUGCUGAAGCUCCUAGCAUGUCUCCGGCAGAUCGUGCUAAAGAAUGGCAGUCUGCAUUUUCUACAGAUGAAGACGGGCUUCUUCACCAGCUACGAGCUUACCUUGUGCAAGCUUUAGAUUCAUCUAUUCAAAAUGUGGGUACUGCCAAUCAGCUACAAACCCCACAGCAGAAUGCAUUUCUUCCUACCAUACAGGAGUGUGUGGAUGCCAUCACUGAGCACCAGAGGCUGCUUGCUUUGACAAAGGGAGAGUUAAUCAAAGGUUUGCUACCGCAAAGUAGUGUUCCUGCUGAAUAUACAGUGCGAAGGAUCAAGGAACUAGCUGAAGGGACUUGCUUGAGGAAUUACGAGUACAUGCGAAAAGAAGAGGCUUCUGAUAAAGCAAAGAAGUGGACUAUUGAGCUUCCAUCUGACUCAGAUUUGCUGUUAUAUCUAUUUUGUGCUUUCCUGGAGUAUCCAAAAUGGAUGUUACAUGUUGAUCCAUCAUCCUAUUCUGGAGCUCUGUCUAGCAAAAAUCCUUUAUUCUUGGGAGUUCUGCCUCCUAAAGAAAGGUUUCCAGAGAAGUAUGUAGCUGUAUUAUCAGUUAUCCCCACAAUACUCCAUCCAGGAUCCUGUGUCCUAGUUAUUGGAAGACAAUGCCCUCCAGUAUUUGUGAUGUAUUGGGAUAAGAAAUUGCAGUUCUGUCUUCAGGGGAGAACUGCACUAUGGGAUUCUAUCUUGCUUCUUUGUCACAGGAUAAAGAUUGCUUAUGGUGGGCUUGUUCGUGGUGUACAUCUUGGCUCUACUGCAUUAAACAUCCUGCCACUUCUGGAAUCAGAAGACGAUAAUUGAAUUUUGUUAUGGCCUUAGUUCAAUACAAUAUGAAGCCCCUCUCCCUAAAGUUUACAUUGUUUUACAUCUAACUGAUGGAGUAGUUUAGGCAUUGUAGUGAGACAGCUGUUUUGAGCAGGCACAGACUGCAUGAUUGUUGCUUUUGGGGCUUUUCUUUGCCCUAGGCCACAAUUUUGUAAAACGACUGGUUUACAUCUGACCUAGUUCAUUAGGGGAUUGUACUUUGGGCCUUCUAGUUAGUAAGAUAAUUGCUAAUAUUGUAAUAAGGUGACGGGGUUUACGUAUGAUCUAGUUCAUUAGGGGUUCGUACGAUUGGGUCUUCUUGUUAGUAAAGAUAGUUGCAAAUAUUGUUGUGAUUAGAUGAUUAUGCUAAUCUAGGUGUAUUUUGACUA